AGAAGCAAUCCUUUCUUCAUCUUUCUUCUGCAGAGAGGGUCAUAUGAGCUUUGCUCAAAAACUGCUUGCGACUGAACAGGAAACCUCCACAGAGAAUUGCAUUCUGGUAUCGCUUGAACUUGGCUCAAGCAUCAAUCGGCUGUGCGGCUCUAGCAUCGCUGGGUGCACCGCUUAGAGGUCGGAGGAUGGCGGGUUCGGUGCCCGCCGACAUUGAGGUGGGACUGAUUGGAGAUUCAAGUCUGAUGGUCACCAACGGAGCAAAGAAGAGACGAAAGUCUCACUUCGUAGACCAGCAUGAGAGUUUAAAGGGGAAAAUCAAGCUUACGCCCUAUUGCGGCGGAGGUGUGAAGAACUUCAUUCAACAUUUGAAGAACAGCGGAAACUACGGCACCUUGGGAAUCAGCUAUUUUGGCAACGAGCACCCAAAGGUCGCCAUGCGUAGCAAUGCGCAACGAUUGAGGAACCACCAACGGAUGUGGGAUGAACUUUUCCAGCUGCUACGCACCAAGGUCCACCGCACGGUCUUCUUCAUGGGAGGCUAUGCGGACAAGUUCAGUACAUGCACCCCUGUCUAUGAUGACAAUAUGGGGAUGAUCCGUGAGUGGAUCCAACAGGCGGGCUUUAAAUUAGAAACGCGCUUCGAGGAGGUGGCCGUGAUGAGUUUGGGCGACUCUGAGCACUUUGCAAUUAGUGAACUGGCAAAGCUCGCCAACAUGUGGCACCACAUGCUGUUUGGAGGAGAAUGGGAAGGUGAAGUUGCAGCCACAGCCAUGGCGGCGGCAUCUUCCUCAGAGGCCUGGCCUCCGCUGCCCUUGAAGGCUCUCCCACUCCCCCCUUGGGAAGAUGCGGGAAUUGCGUGCAAGCCAAGCGAAGAAACUGUAGCGGAGUUCCAGGAGACCAUGUGCAACACCAUGGACUCCGGGGAGACGGCACCGCAUCGACGUUGGAACAGGCCGCAUCAGCAGGGGCGACGCCGGUGGCAGUCGAAGACGCCGGCGGCAGAGGACGACGAUGAGAAGACCCCAUCGGCCGAGAAUGAUGGGAAGAAGCCUUCAACAUCACAGAGCGAAUGGAAGACCCAAUUGGCCGAGAAUGAUGGGAAGAAGCCUUCAUCGCACAGCGCUUGGAAGACUCGAUGGGCAAAGAAUGAUGGGAAGCAGCCUUCAACAUCACAGAGCGAAUGGAAGGCCUCAUGGGCCGAGAAUGAUGGGAAGAAGCCUUCAAC